AUGUCCCGGGCCCUGGUCCGGGCCUGCCGCCCGCCGGCGCGGGCCUCAGCCGCCAGGCUGGCCUCCCGGACCGGGACUGACAGAGCUGAUCAUGCCGGGUCGAACUCUGUGAGUGGCAAGGCCUUCGAUUCUCUGUGCUACUUCAUCAACGGCCAGAACACCGAGGGGAGGACCAACGAGGUCGCCGUCAUUCAUGCGUAUGACAAGAUGAUGGAUCUCGAGAAGCCGAUACACCUUCAGUCGCCACGGAUUCUUCAGCAGUAUGAAACCAACCUCAUCCGUGCAAGGAGGAACUAUGACCUGAAGGGACCGGGACGUCUCAAGUCUCAAACGUUCCCCCUCGAGUACAAGACCUCCGAAGAGCUUGUCAAGGUUGCGAGUCUGGAAUACGCAGAGUCUGUUGGGACGAGCGAGCAUGCUCCUGCUGUAGUUGCCGUCAUCUUGGAUUGCAUCGCAAAGAGCUUCCAAGCGGACUACGUCUUCAUGGGAUCGUUCGGAGUCGGAGGGAAGCGGGUGGGAGAGAUGGGGUCAGUCACUGACUACAUGCUGCGUCUGUGUAAUCACACCAUGGUGGUUGUGAAACACUGGCGGCCAGUUCCGAAGCAGGGGGAAGGAGCCACGUUUCUGGUCUGCUUGGAUGGAAGCCCUGCUGCAAACGAAGGGCUCGAGAAGGUGAUCUUCCUUGCGAGAGAUGGCGACAAGCUUGUCUGUGUGACGGUGAGCAGGCACAAGGUGAAGACAUCUGGCGGGUAUGGGAGGGGAGUUGAGGUGUAG